CAUUCGUUCGAUAAAAUGGCGUUAGGAAAUCUCUUCAAGCAGAAGCCUACUAUCGUUGCUGAUGCACCACCUCUCCCAAACGCGCCCGAACUUGAGAAGCCAAUGAUUGGCAAUGAGGGAUAUGGCGGUCAAGCUCCCGGAUACGAUCCCGAGAAGACUGGUCCCAAGGGCAUGAAGAUGAACAGAAUCGACGGCCCUAUAACCAAAUCCAUCGGCCAAUCAGGCGAUCUCAGCGAUGACAGCUCCGGCAUGACUGUGGGAAAGCAGAUGGAGAUGGAGGCCGGAAAUGCCAUCAAGUACAGGACUUGCAGUUGGCCAAAGACCGCCGCGUUGUUGUUUUCUGAGUACAUCUGCCUGGCUAUCAUGUCGUUCCCAUACUCGUACGCCACCCUGGGCCUGGUUCCUGGUCUCAUCUUGACCGUGGUCAUUGCCGGACUGGUCCUGUACACUUCUCUGGUUCUCUGGUACGUGGAACGCAAAGUUAUCUCAAAAGGCGCUUCUAAUAAACAUGUAGGGNAAUUCUGCCUGCGCCACCCUGAAGUCAAGGACGUCUGUGAUAUUGGCCAAAUGCUCUUCUGGGGUCAAAGAUGGGCAUGGUGGGCUACUGCUUUCAUGUUCAUCUUGAACAACACCUUCAUCCAGGGUCUGCAUUGCUUGACUGGAGCCAAGUACCUCAACACCAUGACUGGCCACGGACUCUGCACAAUCGGCUUCAGCGCCAUCGUUGCCUCUGUUUCCUUCUUUGCAUCGCUCNCCCGUACUUUCAACACUCUUGCUUUAUUGGGUACAGCUUCUGCAUUCUUCACCUUCAUCUCGGUGAUCCUGGCUACUAUCUUCUCCGGCAUCGAGGACCACCCUGCUGGAUAUCCCAAGUUUGGAGAGCCUCGCGUGCUCGCGAUUCCCGAGUCAGGAACCACUUUCGUUGCCGGAAUGUCUGCAUUCAUGAACAUCAGCUACACAUUCAUUGGACAGAUCACUCUGCCCUCGUUCAUUGCCGAGAUGAAGAACCCUCGGGAUUUCCCCAAGGCUCUCUGGGCUGUCACCAUCGCGGAAGUCAUUCUUUUCUCGCUUGUUGGUGCCAUCAUUUACGCAUACACCGGCACCCAAUACUACACUGCACCCGCUUUUGGAUCUCUGAGCAACGAGGUGUACAAANAAGUCAGCUUCUCGUUCAUGAUCCCCACCAUCAUUUUCCUGGGCGUGCUCUACGCCUCGGUGUCGGCUCGCUUCGUCUUCUUCAGGAUCUUCGCUGGCACUAGACAUAUGGGCGAACACACUGUCAUCGGCUGGGCGAGUUGGGCUGGUAUCCUGCUUUGCACCUGGAUCUUGGCCUUUAUCAUUGCUGAGGUCAUUCCCUUCUUCAGUGAUCUGCUCUCGCUCAUGAGCUCGCUCUUUGACAGUUUCUUUGGAUUCAUAUUUUGGGGCAUGGCAUACCUUCGCAUGCGUGAAGCAGACUACGGACCGGGCUACUGGAAGAACAGAGGAUUUAGAGGAACUUUUGGGUUCGUCUUCAACCUGGUUCUUAUUGCCAUUGGAUUGCUGUUCCUGAGUGGAGGCACAUAUGCAUCUGUUCAGAGUAUUGUGGACGGAUACAAGUCCUCAACAUACGGUACAGCCUUCUCAUGCGCCGACAAUGGUCUUUAA